CAGAACUUGAUCUCCCAAUAGCAGUACGUAAAGGUACACGGUCUUGUACUCAUCCUAUUUCUUCAUUUGUGUCGUACAAUCAGUUAUCUCCUGCUUCAUGUUCUUUUAUUGCUUCCAUUGAUUCUAUUUCUGUUCCCAAAUCUGUCAAAGAAGCUCUGUCUCAUCCUGAAUGGCGUCAAGCCAUGGUAGAGGAAAUGAAUGCUUUAGAUCUUAAUGGUACAUGGGAUUUGGUUGACUUACCUACAGGGAAGAAAUCUAUUGGAUGUAAGUGGGUCUUUGCUGUUAAGGUUAACCCAGACGGAUCCGUUGCUCGGUUAAAAGCCCGAUUAGUUGCGAAGGGUUAUGCUCAAACCUAUGGUGUUGAUUAUUCUGACACUUUUUCUCCUGUUGCUAAAUUAACAUCUGUCAGGUUACUUAUCUCACUCGCUGCAAUUCAUGAUUGGCACUUACAUCAAUUGGACAUUAAAAAUGCAUUUUUGAAUGGUGACCUUAAGGAAGAAGUCUAUAUUGAGCAACCUCCGGGAUUUGUUGCUCAGGGGGAGUAUGGUAAAGUUUGUCGACUUCGCAAAUCUCUUUAUGGUCUGAAACAGAGUCCUCGUGCAUGGUUUGGGAAAUUCAGUCAAUCAAUUGAACAAUUUGGAAUGAUAAAAGGCAAAUCAGACCACUCUGUAUUUUACAAACAAACAGAAUCAGGUGUCACAUUGCUUGUGGUAUAUGUUGAUGAUAUUGUGAUUACAGGGAGUGAUAAUGCAGGUAUUUUGGCCCUUAAGAAUUUUCUGCAUAGUCAAUUCCAGACGAAAGAUCUUGGCUCUUUGAAAUACUUUCUGGGAAUUGAGGUAACACGAAGUAAGAAAGGCAUAUUUCUAUCUCAACGUAAAUAUGUACUUGACUUACUAGCUGAGACAGGGAAAUUAGGGGCAAAACCAAGUACAACACCCAUGGUUCCCAACGUGCAACUCACUCAAGAAGGCACACCGUUUGAAGACCCAGAAAGAUAUAGAAGACUGGUUGGAAAGCUUAAUUAUCUCGCAGUCACCCGUCCAGAUAUUGCUUAUUCUGUGAGUGUAGUGAGUCAAUACAUGUCAUCUCCGACCAUUGAUCAUUGGGCUGCUGUAGAACACAUAUUAUGUUACUUAAAGGGAGCACCAGGACGAGGUAUUGUUUAUCAAAACCAUGAUCACAUGAGAAUAGAAUGCUUUGCAGAUGCUGAUUGGGCCGGUUCUAAAGAUGAUCGAAGAUCUACAUCUGGCUAUUGUGUCUUUGUUGGUGGUAAUCUUGUAUCCUGGAAGAGUAAGAAACAGAAUGUGGUUUCUCGUUCUAGUGCUGAAUCAGAAUAUCGAGCUAUGGCACAAUCCGCAUGUGAGAUAAUAUGGACACACCAUUUAUUGAAUGAAAUUGGAUUGAAGACACCAAUGCCUGCUCAGUUGUGGUGCGAUAACCAAGCUGCUAUACACAUAGCAAACAACCCCGCAUUUCACGAGAGAACAAAGCAUAUUGAGGUUGAUUGCCAUUUUAUUCGAGAGAAGAUACAAAAAGGAUUAAUCUCUACCGGGUAUGUGAAGACUGGAGAACAACUUGGAGAUUUAUUCACUAAAGCUCUAAAUGGGAUUCGAGUUGAUUACUUAUGUAACAAAUUGGGCAUGAUAAAUAUCUAUGCUCCAACUUGAGGGGGAGUGUAAAAGUAUUAUUGUAUCUAGGAAUAUGUUUUAGGAAUAUGCUCUAGAAUAUGCUUUAGGAAUAUACUCUAGACAUUAUUAUUGUAUAGCAUCUUAUAUAGGAAUAUUCCAUCUUUGUAAUAUAUAUAUAUAGGGCCUUAACCCUCUAAUGAAAAACACAGAAAAUCCUUCUCUCCAUCUUUAAUAGCAUUGUAGUUUAUAUUUCAAC